CUCUGGAGAUGUUGAGGAGCAGCUAAUCGCAGACAGUCUGUGCUCGGUGGAUUCAGAACCACUCGCCCGUGGACAGCUCCGGCAAGACCGCUUUACAUGGACACAACACUCUUUGGACACAUUGCUCAUACUGGAAGUUUACAACUUGGAAAGGAAUCUACGGAUACCUCACUUCACCACACAAGGGAAAAUUCCCUUUGCCAGGGGAUUCAAAUUCACUGUUAACUGAAGCGAUCUCGGGUUCGAGCGGGUGUUGUGGAGCUCUGCUGUUGUCUUCGCGGACUGGUGCUGAAAUCAGAGACAUGGCGACAAAUAAUACCAAAAACGCCGACGGACAAGUUGUGACGGAACUAAACGAGAUCAUUACGAACGACAAAACCAAACCUGAGGACGACAAAUCAGAGGAGAAGAAGAAAGACAUUCCGGUGAGGGAAACUUGGGGUGGGAAAUUUGAUUUCCUGCUGUCAUGUGUAGGCUACGCCAUCGGACUGGGCAACGUGUGGAGAUUUCCUUACCUGUGCGGGAAAAACGGUGGAGGUGCUUUCUUAAUCCCGUACUUUUUGACGCUCAUUUUUGCGGGAGUUCCUCUGUUUUUCCUUGAAUGCGCGCUCGGACAGUACACGUCGAUUGGCGGCCUUGGGGUUUGGAAACUGGCUCCAAUGUUCAAAGGUGUUGGUCUUGCGGCUGCAGUUUUGUCAUUCUGGCUGAACAUUUACUACGUUGUGAUCAUUGCCUGGGCCCUGUACUACCUAUACAACUCCUUUACUUCUGAGCUUCCAUGGAAAUCUUGUAACAAUCCCUGGAACACAGACAGAUGCUAUACCAACUACAGCAUAGUAGACACUGCAAAUCUAACCAGUGCUGUCAAGGAGUUUUGGGAACGCAAUGUGCAUCAAAUGACCGAUGGCUUAGAAAAACCUGGUGAGAUUCGUGUGCCACUCGCUAUAACGCUGGCCAUUGCCUGGGUCCUUGUGUACUUCUGUAUUUGGAAAGGAGUGAGCUGGACUGGAAAGGUUGUGUACUUCUCUGCCACCUAUCCAUACAUCAUGCUGUUCAUUCUGUUCAUCCGUGGGGUGACUCUGCCUGGGGCUCGUGAAGGAAUCUUGUUCUAUAUCACUCCAAAUUUUGAGAAGCUAAAGGAGUCGGAGGUUUGGCUGGAUGCUGCAACACAGAUUUUCUUCUCGUACGGUUUGGGUCUGGGCUCCCUUAUUGCUCUUGGCAGCUACAACCCAUUCCAUAACAAUGUGUACAGGGACUCCAUCAUUGUGUGCUGCAUAAAUUCAUUCACUAGCAUGUUUGCUGGAUUUGUGAUUUUCUCUAUCGUGGGCUUCAUGGCACACGUGACAAAGAGAUCAAUAGCUGAUGUAGCUGCAUCAGGUCCUGGUUUAGCAUUUUUGGCCUAUCCAGAAGCUGUGACGCAGUUACCCGUCUCACCACUGUGGGCUAUUCUCUUCUUCUCCAUGCUGCUCAUGUUGGGAAUCGACAGUCAGUUCUGUACGGUGGAGGGCUUCAUUACUGCUCUUGUGGACGAGUUUCCCCAUGUGCUCAGAAAGAGGAGGGAGAUCUUCAUCGCAUGUGUCUGCGUUGUGUCCUACGCCAUUGGUCUGUCAAAUAUCACACAGGGCGGUCUCUACGUGUUCAAGCUUUUUGAUUAUUACUCAGCCAGUGGAAUGUGUCUGCUAUUCUUGGUCUUCUUCGAGUGUAUUUCAAUCUCUUGGUGCUAUGGAGUGAACAAGUUUUAUGAUAACAUCCAAGAGAUGAUUGGAUACAAGCCAUGCCUUUGGUGGAAACUGUGCUGGGUUUUUUUCACCCCUCUAGUUGUUGGCGGUGUGUUCCUCUUUAGUGCUGUGCAAAUGGUCCCUCUUACCAUGAACAACUAUGUGUUCCCUAAAUGGGGGCAGGGAGUGGGAUGGCUCAUGGCUCUAUCCUCAAUGGUUCUUAUACCCGGCUAUAUGGUCUACAUGUUCCUCAAUCUGAAGGGCACAUAUAAGGAGCGAAUCAGAAUCAUGCUGCACCCAGCAGCAGUGAAGCGAACACAGGAGAAUGGACCAGAGCAACAGCAGCUACAGCAACCAGAGCAGUUACCGCAGCAACCGCAAUCAUUGUCACAAUCACCGCAGCAGCCGCAAUCGCCCCAGCAACCACAAUCACCACAACAGCCGCAAUCGCCCCAGCAACCACAAUCGCCCCAGCAACCACAAUCACCCCAGCAACCACAAUCGCCCCAGCAACCGCAAUCACCGCAGCAACCGCAUUCACCACAGCAAACGCAAUCACCACAGCAACCGGAUCAGACACAACUGCAGCUGAAAUCUCCCCAGCAACCACAAUCACCCCAGCAACCACCACAACAAGCACAGCCACAACCCCAGCCGCAGGUGCCGGCUGAGAAUUCUUCUUCAGCUGUACCUGGCAAUGAUGCCAACGUCUAAAACCAGUAGAGGUUCACCCCAGCCGAGAGCAAUCAAAGAUUAACAACACAGAGGACUUCCAUGUUUAUACAGUUAUAGAAUCAUCUACCUCCUGGGUACAGUCAUACAUAAUCAAGCUAAACACAAAAGUGAAGAAAAUGAUCAUAUUUAUACGAACUUGCAUUUGUAAAACGUACACCCUGUAAGUUUUCCAAAUGCAAAAUAAAAAGCGUCAGUGUUAAAAAAUGACUUAUAUACUAUGUAUCAUGUGUAUAUGUCUCUAAGGUUAUACUGUGAGUUAGAUUUACGGACAGUGCACUGCUUUGCAAUGCAUAAACGAUAUCUGUGAGGUGUACACUGUUUCUAUGUUGCACUGGGGACUAAAGCACAGAGGGAAUUCAAAAGCAUCUAAGGGAAAGUCGGUGUUACAUUCUGGGUCAUUUUAGAAAACCAAGGUGUAUCAAGCGAGCCCUGUGCCAAGAGGCACAACAAUUUUUUCAUCUGUAGAACCCUCGGAUGACCCGUCAUUAUGUUGUUUAGUAUUUUUGUUAAGAGAGACUGUUAGUAUUGGGAAACAGAUAAACUAUUGUAUGUGACUGAAACAUUUGCAGAAUUAUUUUUCAGAAUGCUUUUACUACUUUCAUGUUGUGACCAAGGACCAAAAUCAGAGACUAAAGCAAAAAAGAAUCUAUGCCAGGCAGUAUGUAGUAUGUAAAGCACAGGGUACAAAAACACAAACAACACAGGGUGAACAUUUUUACUAUCAUCAACAUACUAUAGUCCUGUUUACACGUCCCCUCAGGAAUAUCUCAAAAGAAUCCUUUCUAAGAUAUGUCUCUGACCCUAAGUGCAUAUCGGGGCUUCAAGCCUCUUAGAAACUAAAAUUAGUAGGAAUCUGCAUGACCAUCAUUUGAAUAAAAAGACUCUGACGAGUCCCAAAAAUAGUUUACACUAGUUGAUUGUGCCAUGUUUUCUGGGGAAGUAAACUACAUAUUCACCCGAGUUAGUAGCAUAUACAAAAAAAAACAUUUUGGGUCUUUUGGCCCUUUUUGCCACCCAAAAGCACAAGACUGCUCCAAUGAUAGAGCAAUGAUGUGGCGACAGUUUGCAUCAAAGGCAGCUACGUGUGAAAAGCAUUGGAUCCUCUUAAAAAUGUUUACUACGAGGAGAAAAGUACCUACAUAAAUGUGAAUGGCUUCGUCCUGUGAAUUUUGUACAAAAUAUUAUUUUCUGCAGUUUUAUCUGGAACUUUAUUGUAAAACUGUAUUGUGUGAAACAUGUAACCGUGGAUGUCUGUAUUCCAUUGUCUAAUGUUGAAGUUGCUGUUUUCUGCAAUAAUAUUUUGAUCUCUGAAUUACAUAUCUUAUGGAAGUUAUGGGAAAUAAGUGAUCAUUAUAAAAAGGAUUAUAAAAGAAAUAGAAUUUAUGUCUCGUAAGAAAUUAUAUUGUUUUGUAUAUUUUUAACUGUAACACUGCCUAAAACAAAUUAUACAUAGGACAUGUAUUUAAAUGGUGUAAUAUGAGAAAGCACGAUUGUUAUGUACAAUGUUUGAAUAAACAUAGGAACAUUUGUAGUCUAUAAUGUGUGUGUUAAAUUCCAGUGUUUAGUAUAGAGGUUUGAUUGUUUGUUUGUUUGUUUUUCAAUGGUCAUUAUGUUUCUAAGAUUACACAUUUAAAUGUCUGGUACAAAUAAUGACAUUAAAGAAUGCAGUUAAAGAGCCACAAAGCAGUAAUGAACUGAAUUGUUAAAGGGAUGAUACUGAAUGGGCAAUGAUAUUGCAAUGUGACCCCAGUUUUUGCUGUAUUAUCUUUAUUCAGUUACAAUUAAAAAAACUUGCAAUAGAGGUACAACAAGGGGAGAAACAUGUAUAGAAUACAAACAGUAACUAGACAAUCAGUAAAUAAAGGAAGUACUGCGCAGUACUGUUUACAUUUGAACAAAUGCAUUGAUGUCAGUUUCAACAACAAUUCAGCUCAAUUGGAAAUUAAAGUCGAUUUUUGGUUAAAAAGUUAAUGUAUAUAGUUAAAAAAUGAGUGAGAGUCAGUGAAUUAAAAAAAAUGUAAAAUGGUUAAUAACAUUUGUGUUUGUUUUGUUUAUAAUUCAUGUUUGUUCUUUAUGUAUGUGCUCACAAAUGAUGCAUUUUAAUCAGCUAUGUAACGUUAUCUAUUACUUUUUUAUUCGAUAUAAACUUAUUUUGUUAAUGAUUUAGAUUACGCCCUGCA